UAAAAACUAUCCGGGAUUUGAUGUCAAUUUUCAAUCAUAUUGACCUUUCAAGCUUCAAGCUUUGUAACUUAAAGACUAUUUGUCGUACAGCGGAACUUUUUUGUAGCAAAUUUAGUGCGCUACAAAAUGUUUGUACUCAUUUUUCGCAAAAUUGUUUUUUUUAUAUCGAAAAAUCGAAUUGAAACCAAAAGAGAAACUUCCCGUGUUAUUUAAACGGGAAAUUGAAUUUUUGAACGAACGAGGUGUUCUUGAAAACAAUGACGAACUUGCCGCGAAACGAGACGGCGACGAUGGCGACAGCAGGCGUCUGAGUUGAAAAGUUCAAGUUUCCCCCGUGCGCUGCAAAUGGUAGUCCAUGCACUAGACCAUCAGAUAGUCGUAUCCGUCCGUAUCUCGUAAGCGUAGAUUUUAAGGAAUAGUCGCCCAAUUACUCUAUAACCUAUUUGUUCAACGAAAGAAUGUUUAUAAAUAUACAAAUUUGACAUAUUUAACUUAACCUUUGAUUUACAUGAAGUUUCACAACAAUGUGAAAAUAGUAUUGCGGGCUAUAAUGUUAAUAAUAUAACUUAUUUUUGAUGUUGUUCUUAAAUUGUAAAAUACGAGUUAUUUAUUUUAAAAAGUAAAGUUUACUCCCGAAAAAUGACAACUGGACAAAGUGGACAUGAUUACUCUCUUGCAAUAAGACAAGAAAUACAGCGUUUCGAAAGUGUUCAUCCGUCAAUUUAUGCUAUUUAUGAUCUCAUAGAUCUCAUAUCAGAUACUCACAUUGCCAAACAAAUUCGCGAGCAUGUUGUUGCUAUUGAAGACUCAUUUGUUAAUAGCCAUGAAUGGACCCUAGCAAGAGAUGUCCCAGAGUUACACCUGGGUAUUGUUGGAUCCUUGGAUUCAGGAAAAUCCGCCCUAGUUCACAGGUACCUUACGGGAUCCUUCAUGCAUGAAGAAUCCCCGGAAGGUGGGCGUUUUAAAAAAGAAGUCUUCAUAAACGAUCAAAGUUACCUACUCCUCAUUAGGGAUGAAGGAAGUGUUCCUGAAUCGCAAUUUUCUUCAUGGAUGGAUGCAGUACUAUUGGUAUUUAGUUUGGAAAGUGAGGACAGUUUCUCCAGGGUAUAUAGUUAUUAUAACAGAAUGUGUUCUUUUCGAAACAUGGUUGAUGUACCAAAAGUGCUUGUUGGUGUUCAAGAUUCAAUCAACGAGGGCAAUCCUAGAACAAUCAAAGAUGUAAGGCCUAGAAAACUAGCCUGUGAAUUGAAAUGCCCUUACUAUGAAACAUGUGCUGUUUAUGGCUUGAAUGUAGAAAGAGUAUUUCAAGAUGUUUGUCAGAGAAUAAUUGAUAAGAUAUCUCUAAAGCAUCACCGAUGUAAUGGUCAAAGCCCAGGAGACAAUGACAAAAAAUACUCUACACCUGUGAAUACAAAAAACAUACAGCCGCCUACCAAAGACACAGACACAACCUGUUCCAUUCCAAAAGUUGGUGUAAGCCAUUAUCAUCUCAGCGCACUGGAAAAAGAUGAGGAGGUGACAAUUCGAUCCGCGCAGGAUAAUAGCUCACAAAUUGAUGCUCCAGUGACUAACGACAGUUUUCAGUAUAUUCAAUCUCAACAUGGAGAACUACGAACAUCUAUAUUGACACCAACGACAAUUAGAAAGUUUAGGAGAAAAUCGAAUAUAUUUACACCCUCUAAAAAAGAGAAAUACAAUAUGGGCGAAAUGGGUGUAGGCAGAGAAAUCCCAGUUAAACAAGGAUACCUGUUCAAACGUAGCAGUAAAUCUCUGAAAGAGUGGAAAAAGAAAUACGUCACGUUAUUGGAAGAUGGACGUCUUACCUAUCACUCAAGUUUACAUGAUUACAUGAACGAUUCUAAUGGCAAAGAAAUCUUACUCCAAUACGUAACUGUCAAAGUGCCUGGAAAAACUCCCAAGGGAUCGAAAACCACAACAGCUCAAGAUAGCUUCGAAUUUUCCAUUAUUUCGUUAGAAAAUAAGACUUGGCACUUUGAGGCAAAUAACUCAGAUGAUAGAGACAGUUGGAUUUUGGCUAUCGAACAGCAAAUCUUAUCCAGCCUACAGAAUAGCGAUGGAGACAAAAGAAAUGAGACGGAUGCCUUUAAAAUGCAUUGCAUCAAACACAAAAUUUCUGGAAAUGACGCAUGUGUUGACUGCUGCGCGCCAAAUCCUGACUGGGCAAGUCUGAACAUGGGAGUAUUAAUGUGCAUUGAGUGCUCAGGAAUACAUAGAAAUUUGGGGUCCCAUAUUUCAAAAGUCAGAUCUCUUGAUUUAGAUGAUUGGUCGCCUGGACAGUUGAGUGUAAUGUUAGCAUUGGGUAAUGACAUAGCUAACAGUGUAUGGGAAUACUGCUUAAAUGGUAAGCAAAAACCCAACCAUGAGUCACCUAGAGAAGAAAAAGAGCAGUGGAUCAGAUGGAAAUAUGAAGAUAGGGCGUUCCUGCCACCCAUCAAUCCAAAUAUUUCUUUAGGCAAAUUAUUGAUUGAUUCCAUCUGCCGGGGUGACACAAGGGCCUUCACAUUAUGCUUAGCUCGGUGUACAAAUGAGGAUAUAAACAUUUCUGUUAGUGCGGAAGAUCUUCGGACACCACUUCAUCUUGCUUGUGCAACAGGAAACCUCGCAAUGGCUCAAUUACUGAUAUGGCAUAAAGCAAACCCUCACAGCUUAGACCACGAAGGGCGCACAUGUAUGUCCUAUGUCAGAGCUCUCGAAAGGACAAUUGACAAUUCUUCGGACUCGUUAGAAAUGCAAAAACUUUUGGAAGUACUAGAACAAGCGAGUGUCUCAGGCAUCGAGGAUCCAGAAGCUGCACAGUAUUGAAUGCUUCGGCCCUUGCGUUGGUGAGAAGAAUAGCUUAUAUUACAUUACACAGUUAUCUUGUACUUACUGUACGUGACGAAAUGCUUCAACGAGUUUUACAUUUAAAAAAUUCUAAUCCCGUGUAAAAAAGAUCCAGGCUCUUCAAAUCACACGAUUUACGCCCUGGUUAUUAUAAUUGUAUAGCUCUACGGUACAUUUCGUUCUCAUAACUAAUUUUAAUGCAAUAUAAAUUCGAAUUUUUCCUCGCGGGUAUAAUAUUUUAUUUUUGACAAAAGAAUUUUCACUUCGAUAAAAUAAUAACUUGAGAAAUGAGAUUCUUAUAGGUAUUAACUCGGUUCAAGCAAUACAUGCGUUAUCUUGAAAAUAAUAUUGCCGAAGGCAAGGUAGGAUACGAACGAUGGGUAUCAAUGACUGAGAAGUACAAAACACUUAUGUUGAUUUUUAUUUAUAUACAUAGGCACUUAUUGUAUUUGAAACAUGCACGUAGUUUUCGUAAUGAAUGGAAUCAAUUGCAUAGUAUCACAAUGAACUUAUAUGAUACUAUAGUAAUAGAAUUGUAAGAAAACUCAUUGGGGAGUUGUUGAAAGUUAUCUGUCUAGACUGAAAUUUUACAUGUUUGCCGAAGUCAAUCAGUAAUUGUAAAGACUAUCAGAAAGUAAGAAUUAAUGAAAUAUUAAAUACUAAAAAAAUUGUUUACAGUCAAAAAAUAGGAUCAUACAAGUUAAAGAUGAAAAUUAAAUCGGUUACCUGUUCUCCUCGUUACCACGAUCAUGUUAUACCAAUUGGUAAUUUUCUGAUGUAUAAUUUUUGUUAGAAUAUAACGCAACGAAGCACGUUCAUUGUCAUAUUAUACUUACUAUUAAGUAUAUCACAAUAUAAAACUAAUCAUCCAAAUGAUUCUGGAACGAAUCUGAGACUUGGUUCAUUCCAUAAUGAGUAACUUUACAAUCGCUAUUGGUACUGGCCAUUACCGAUUGACUAGAGAGUUUGGCUGGUAUUGUGUCACUUAUGACAAAAUAAUACUUCGCAAGAUUUAAAAUAUGAGAUGAAUAUAUAAAAUAAGGAAAAUACAGGAUAAUUUUAUGCACAAAA